UCUCCCGUGGGAUCACAUGUUCUCGCGAGAGCUCCGUGUUUUAUUCCUACGUAAUGUGCCGUGCUGCUUAUGGCGGCGCUGGUGAUGGUGCUGUGAGCUGUUGGGUAUGAAGUGUAACAGAACAGAAACUACCACCUGAAACUGCUGCUUCAAGUUCAGAUCAGUCAAAGAACAUCUGCCACAAUAGUAACCAACAAGACCAAAGAAGAGAACUUGCGCUGAAGACACAACGCUUGAUCUGAAACAAGAAGUUUGUGCCUACUCAACAGCUACACAAGAGCACUUCCCAACGCUGCUAUUAGUCUUUAUUUUAUUCUCAGCGCUGCACUCUGCAUUUGCACUGUGCAGCGGGAGUCGUCUUUCUUAGCUCAGUAGAUCAUUUUCUCUCACUAUAUCUCUUUUUAAUACUAGCAAACAACCUUCUGAAGCAUCCGCUGGCCGCUAGAAUCGGUAAUUACUACUGAAAGUGCAAUACCUGAAUAUCUAAGCAAGCUGUAUGUGAUGGAGAAAUUCUAUACUGUACCAUCAGAGCCCCUCACACCACCUGCUGUGCUCCCCCAUACUCAUACAUCCACUUCAUAUGGGUCUAAAAAACAGAAGAGGACCCCAUUGUAUCAAAGAUCUAUGAGCUUUGACCCAAACCUUCUACACAACAAUGGACACAAUGGGUACCCCAAUGGUACUUCAGCACUGCGUGAAACGGGCGUUAUUGAAAAACUGCUAACAUCUUAUGGAUUUAUUCAAUGUUCAGAACGUCAAGCUAGACUCUUCUUCCACUGCUCACAAUACAAUGGAAACUUACAAGAGCUAAAAGUUGGAGAUGAUGUUGAAUUUGAAGUGUCAUCAGAUAGACGUACUGGCAAGCCUAUUGCUGUCAAACUGGUGAAGAUUAAAACUGAAAUUAUGCCAGAAGAAAGAAUCAAUGGACAGGUAGUCUGUGCCGUGCCUCAUAAUUUGGAAAGUAAGUCUCCAGCUGCCCCAGGUCAGAGUCCCUCAGGGAGUGUUUGCUAUGAACGCAAUGGGGAAGUAUUUUAUUUAACUUACACUCCUGAUGAUGUGGAUGGAAAUGUUCAUCUUGAAACUGGAGACAAAAUUAAUUUCAUUAUUGAAACCAACAAGAACACUGGUGCAGUAAGUGCUCGUAAUAUUAUGCUGCUUAUGAAAAGGAAACAAAUGCGUUGUCAGGGUGUGGUUUGUGCCAUGAAGGAAGCCUUUGGUUUCAUUGAAAGGGGAGACGUUGUUAAGGAAAUAUUCUUUCACUACAGUGAAUUUAAAGGAAACAUGGAUGCCUUACAGCCUGGUGAUGAUGUAGAGUUCACAAUCAAGGAUCGAAAUGGUAAAGAAGUGGCAACUGAUGUGAGGCUUCUACCUCAAGGUACUGUUAUUUUUGAAGAUAUCAGCAUUGAACACUUUGAAGGGACAGUUACCAAAGUCAUCCCUAAAGUACCCAACAAAAAUCAGAAUGACCCUUUACCAGGACGUAUAAAAGUUGACUUUGUGAUCCCUAAGGAGCUUCCUUUUGGUGAUAAAGAUACUAAAUCCAAGGUGACCCUUUUGGAAGGAGAUCAUGUACGGUUCAACAUUUCCACAGAUCGACGGGAUAAACUGGAACGUGCCACAAAUAUAGAAGUUCUCUCCGACACAUUUGAGUUUACAGAUGAGUCUAGAGAAAUGGGUGUGAUUGCAGCAAUGAGGGAUGGGUUUGGUUUUAUAAAAUGUGUUGAUCGGGAUGCCCGAAUGUUCUUUCACUUCAGUGAAGUCCUGGAUGGAAAUCAGCUCCACAUUUCUGAUGAAGUUGAGUUUACUGUUGUCCCUGAUAUGCUCUCUGCCCAGAGAAAUCAUGCUAUCCGAAUUAAAAAGCUCCCAAAAGGAACAGUUUCAUUUCAUACCCAGUCAGAUCAUCGUUUUGUUGGUAUUAUAGAAAAAGAAGCCACAUCUGCCUCUGCUAAAUCAAGCAGCCCAAACAAAGGAAAGGAGAAGGAGGGUGAAGAGGGAAUCAUCUCUUAUGAAGAUUGUGGCAUCAGACUUACAGUGUCCUAUCAUCUCAAGGAUCUGGAGGGAUCGCCGCCUGCACCCCAAGUUGGAGACAAGGUGGAGUUUAGCAUUUGUGAAGCCAAAAGGACUGGUCAGCAGAGUGCGGUUUCCAUGAAAGUUCUAGGACGCAAUUCUAGCAGCAAGAGGUUUUAUGGUUAUGUGGCUACGCUGAAAGAUAAUUUUGGAUUUAUCGAAACUGCAAACCACGAUAAAGAAAUCUUUUUUCACUAUAGUGAGUAUUCUGGAGAUGUGGAUAAACUAGAGCUGGGGGAUAUGGUGGACUACAGCUUGUCCAAAGGCAAGGGAAACAAGGUCAGCGCUGAGAGGGUCACCAAGGUUCAUCAAGUUAACGGAUCAAGUGAUGAAGUGAAUCCAACUGUGUACUGGGGCAAAGUAGUACGACCUUUGCGGAGUGUAGAUCCAACACAAACUGAAUAUCAGGGCAUGAUAGAGCUUCUAGAAGAGGUUGUUGACGAGCAAAAGAUAGCUGAAGAAACUCCUGAGCAAGCUGAGGAAGCAGAAGCCGAAACAGAAACAGAAACCGAAACAGAAACAGAAACCGAAGCAGAAGCUGAAGCCAGCACAGAAACAAACAAGCAAGCUAGCAUGAAAGGAUGCCUUUUUCCCUUUGGCAUUGUGGGAAUGGUAAAUAAAGCAGAUUGUCUACAGAAAGGAGAAACUGUGAAGUUCCAACUCUGUGUUCUUAGUCAGAAUGGGGAAACCAUGGCUUGCAACAUAGAGGCCCUCCGCAGGGGUACUGUCGAAUGUGUUAAAGAUCAGUUUGGCUUUAUUAACUAUGAAAUUGGGGACAGCAAGAAACUUUUCUUCCAUGUGAAGGAGAUCCAGGAUGGGGUUGAAUUGCAAGCUGGGGAUGAAGUGGAAUUCUCAGUUAUCCUUAAUCAGCGAACUGGGAAGUGCAGUGGCUGUAAUGUUACACUACUAAGCAAAGGCCCUGAAAUGGUAGCAGCCCCUCGUCCAGACAGACUAGUGAGUCGGUUAAAGAGCAUAACCUUGGAUGAUGCGAGUGCGCCCCGUCUCAUGGUCUUGCGUCAGCCCAAAGGUCCAGAUAAUACAAAAGGAUUUGUCAUAGAGAGAAAGAUCCGUCAAGCUGGUGUCAUCGAGUGAUUUGUUUUCCAUCUAGUAAAGCACAUUACCUAAUGAAGUAUGAUCAAACCAAGGGACAAUGUGAAGAGCAACAUCAUCUCUUUGCAGCCCACAAAUGCUGAGAAUCUUAUAAUAACAGUUACAUCCAUUUUUAACACCUUACAUCUUGAGUUUGUCAGGAAAAUCUUGAGAAACAAAUCCUUUUUUUAAAUUAUGCACAUUUGCAAGUGAGGAGUUGAAGCCUUAGUAUAUUUAUAUUUUCUCCCCCCCCCCCCUUUUUUUUUUUUUUUUUUUUUAAAGUAGCUUUGAUUUUUGAUUUGGGUAUCUUAACACAUAUACAGUACACACAUAAAUUACAUUACAUGUCCGGUAUGACAGUGACUUAACCCUUUAAAAUUCUGCCUUCAGUAUUGGUUAAUAUAUAUUUUACCUCCCACAGUUGUUGAUUCGGACUUUAUUUUUAAUGUUUUUUUUUCCCCUUACUGUCAGAGGACCACGUAGUAAUAUUGAAAUAUAUACUAUUCAGCAACUCUGAAGAGCAAAUUUUCUUCAUCUAAGGACACUUAAAUUAUAUAUAUAUAUAUAUAUAUAUAUAUAUAUAUAUAUAUAUAUAUAUAUAUAUAUAUA